AUGGCCGAUGCAAUAAAGUUUAUUUUCCCAAAGAUUCCAACAUUAAUUUCUACAAUAAUAGACCAUUAUAAAAAUGGCCCUCCCAAACCGUCAUGGAACUUAUUAUUUCACCUGUCUUUUAGGUUUACUAAGUUAGCACUUGAUGGUUUUGAUUAUGUAACGAUUGAAAAUGCUCAAGCAUUUUCAAAUAUGUCCGUUGCCAUUUCACCUGAUUUUGCAGUAAAUAAAGUUCGAAUUUCUAACGAAUACAGAAAAAAUGCAGAACAAUACAUUGAAAAGUUAAUGAAAGAAUAUGAGCACAUGAUUGAUGAUGAAUGGAAUAAACUUGAUAAUCUAAAAGAAUUAAGUGCUGAAUGGGUUUACAUGAGAAAAAAUGGGUUUAUGCGAAAAGAAGAUAAAAGAAUAAUCUUAUAUCUUCAUGGUGGUGCUUAUAUUAUGUGUAGUGCUGGAUCACAUCGUGCCAUCACAUCAGGCAUUGCAAAAGCUGCUGAUGCUCAUGUUUUCGUUAUCAAUUACCGGUUGGCGCCACAAAAUCAAUUUCCCGCGGCCCUGCAUGAUGCACUAGCUGCCUAUUUAUAUCUCAUUGAUCCACCAAGAGAUGCUGGUUUCAGUGCAAUUAAUCCUGAACAGAUUGUUAUAAUGGGUGAUAGUGCUGGAGGCGGUCUUGCCAUUGCUACAUUACUGGCACUACGUGAUAGUGGUUUGCCGAUGGUUGCUGGCGUUGUCGGUUGGUCACCAUGGGUUGAUUUGACACAUAGUAUGCCAUCCGUAUUAAACAGAGAUUGCGAUAAAUACGAUUACCUUCCAGGUUCUACUUUACAAUUUCUUCCUUCUCAAGUUCAAACCCGAUUCCUUGAAAAAUCCGCUGCACUCUCUGAAAAAAUAAAACAAUCAAACAAGCCAAGGACAUGGCAUAAGUCCCUUGAUCGAGAAGUUCGAAUUCAACUAUAUGCCGCUAAUGAGGCCUUAUCAAUUCCUUAU